GAUCAGUACACCAAAACCUUUGUGUUGGUAUAAGCGGAACAGCUGACGAAUACUGAAAACUAAAAGAUGUUGUUUAUUAAGUAAAUUAGAACUUUAUAGAUCGAUGAUAUUAAUGAUUAAGAUCUGGAAGAAAGUGUUAUUAAGUGUAUUAUCGGUGUAAAUGGUUUUUGUUGGUUGUUAAGGGUGGCACAGCCUGAAGAACUUAUGACCAAACGUAAGAAAAUGGCGGAUGAUUCAAAAUGUAUAAAAAUAAAUUUAUCUUUGGAUCAAGAUGACACGAAUCAAGCUGUCGCUUACACCAAAGCGACUUGUUCGCCUUUGUACAAGGAAACUGAAUCUCUAAAUAACGCCUCUGUUUUAAGUGGCUCUCAGACUAACUUAUACAACGGCUCGUCGUCGAUAACCAUCAACAGCGGGGGCGCGUUGAGAAAAGUACCGAAUAGCAGUCCCAGUAAUCACAAAAGACCGAUGAUAUCGUUAACGCAUUUACCGAAAAGACCUCCGGUCGAUAUUACCUUCAACGAUUUAUCCUAUUCGGUAUCGGAGGGUAGAAAAAGGGGGUACAAGACGAUUUUGAAAUGCAUCAGCGGAAAAUGCAAGUCUGGCGAAUUGACGGGAAUCAUGGGACCUUCGGGAGCCGGUAAAAGCACAUUGAUGAACAUUUUGGCCGGUUACAAGACAUCAAAUCUCAGCGGUCAAGUGAAAAUUAACGGUAAAGUGAGAAAUUUGAGGAGAUUCAGAAAAAUGUCUUGUUAUAUAAUGCAAGACGAUUGCCUAUCACCUCACCUAACAGUUAAAGAAGCCAUGAUGGUAUCCGCCAAUCUCAAAUUGGGUAAAACCGUGACUCUAUCAGAAAAAAAAGUCGUCGUCAAUGAAAUACUGGAAAAUUUAGGACUGCAGAGUUGCCUCGACAUCACCUCUUCAAAUCUAUCCGGCGGUCAAAGAAAAAGAUUAUCGAUCGGUCUUGAAUUGGUUAAUAAUCCACCAGUUAUGUUUUUCGAUGAACCCACCAGCGGUUUGGAUAGUUCUUCGUGUUUUCAAUGUCUCUGUUUACUAAAAUCGCUCGCCGGAGGGGGGAGGACGAUCAUCUGUACCAUCCACCAACCAUCCGCUAGACUCUUCGAAAUGUUCGAUCACCUCUACAUGUUAGCCGAAGGACAAUGCAUUUAUAGAGGACCCGUAAUAGGACUAGUACCAUUUCUAUCCAGCAUGGGUCUCAACUGUCCCGGUUACCACAACCCAGCCGAUUACGUUAUGGAAGUGGCGUGCGGGGAACACGGUGAUUACGUACAAAAAUUAGUUAUAGCCGUAAACGCCGGUAGAUGUAAUCAAUUCGCAACGCCCGAUCACAGAAAUAGUAAGACCGUAUCCAACGAUAUCGUCAAAGAUAUUGGACAUUGCAAAAAUACCACAGGAGAUGUGAUUACUGUGCCAAAUGGUUCCGCCAAAUCCGCAACUCCCACAACGCCCGUAACUUGCACCACAUCGCUUUUAGAUUCGUCCGAGAAUCUAUCGCCUUCGGAAAAAAAUGGUUUUUCGACGACUGGUCUUCAACAAUUUACAAUUUUGCUCAAAAGGAGUAUGUACAUGAUUUUAAUGGACAAAACUCUGACUAGAAUGAGAAUAGUGUCUCAUUUUGUGAUAGGGUGUCUCAUAGGCCUAAUCUAUUACGACAUAGGACAAGACGCUGCUAAAGUUACUAGUAACGCAGGGUGUUUAUUCUUCUGCGUCAUGUUUAUGAUGUACACAGCCAUGAUGCCGACUAUUUUAACUUUUCCGCUAGAGAUGUCUGUAACUAUUAGGGAACACCUGAAUUAUUGGUAUUCCCUGAAAGCCUAUUACAUGGCGAAAACUUUGGCCGACAUACCGUUUCAGAUUGUAAUGACCUUGUGCUACAUUAUAGGCGUCUACUUCAUCACAUCUCAACCUUUAGAUGCCACUAGAUUCGGUAUGAUACUGUUAGUGACGGUACUGAUAGCGUUGGUAUCACAAAGUUUUGGAUUACUUAUUGGUGCUGCUUUCAAUAUCGAGGGUGGAGUAUUCCUCGGACCGAUUUCCACCAUCCCCAUGGUACUUUUUUCGGGAUUCUUCUCGAAUUUAAACGACAUUCCUUUCUAUUUGAGGUGGUUACCGUAUUUGAGUUACCUCAAGUACGGUUUCGAAGCUUGUAUGAUAGCAAUAUAUGGUAUGGAUAGGCCUAAAUUGGCGUGUAACAUUGAUUACUGUCAUUUCAAAUAUCCCAAGAAAUUUUUAGAACAAAUGUCGAUGAGCGGCGAUAUGGAAAGUUACCUCAUCGACGUCGGGGUAUUAGGAGGACUCUUCAUUUUCCUCAGGAUAGUGGCGUAUUUUAUGCUUCGGAUCAAGUUGAUGCAAAAUCGGUAGAUUUACAUUUUUUUUUUAUUUCAAAUACAGUCAAGUAUUAUAAAUAGAUCGUGAGAUUUGCCCAAAAACAGCGAAAAGUAAAAUAGAUACUCAAUUUUGUAUUUUUUUUUUUCAAAAUUUUUACGAAAAAUAUUUAUCGUAGAUCGAUCAGUUUUCAAAUUAGUUAAAAAUACUCAAAAAUAGAAAUUUUAAUCAUGUAUUUCCAAUUUUUAAUUGUGCAAAUUAAAGAGUUUCAUUUCGUUAAUAUAAACAUUAUAUUAUUGAAAUUCAGUAAACAAAGACUGAUUCGUCUAGUACACCCCUGUAUCACAAUAAAAAAUGGACGUUGAUGUUCUAACAGUUUUAAUCUAAAAAAAAUCCCAGCAAACCAUGUAUUUACCCAAGAAAAUUGUAUACCACCCAAUGGGUAAAUCAAUUUUGAAAACUCCCGGUAUCCUAUGGUGCCAAUGCCAAUUUAGAUACUUAAUUAACCCUACUUGAGAUUUUACACAUUCCAAAAUCUAAAAUAUCACAAUUUUUGCAGCUAAACAGUGUUAAACCGAAUAAAUAAAAUCAAAUCUUUUACUGACAUUUUUAUAAAAAGUUUCAAUGCUGCUCAAAUCUAUUUUCAAUUAUUUGCCAUAUCUGUCUUAUAUACAUUGUUUUUCAUAAUUAAUUUUUAAUAUCUUUGCUAUAAUAUUUCGAUUGAAUUAUUUUUUUAUUAUUUUUAUUAAUAUGGCAAGUUAAAUUGAUUAUUAUUCUUAAAAAAUACUCAUAAAACUGAUCGAUUUCCUUUAAAUAUUAUUCCUACUAAUGUUUUGUUAUUUUUUUAAAAAAUAGAUAAAUUUUUAACAGAAACCAUAAUGGAAAGAUUCAGUAUUAAAAUAAUGUUGAUAAUAUAGGAACUACUGCAGACAGUGAAGCCAACUGAGAGAAAAUGUUUCCCCAAAUCUAUUUGAAAAUCCCCUAAAUUUAACAAUAAAAUGCCCUAAAUUUGAAAUUGAUUAUUAAACGAUUUUGGAACUAUUUAGUCGUAAAUAUCAUCAUAAUAAAUACUACAAAUUUCAACUCGUAAGGGUCUUUUAUCAAAUUAUUUUCAAACUGUUAUAUUUUUUUACUAAUUGAAAAACAAUUUAUUUCUGUUAAAAUCUAUUUUAACAACUUUUCUCUAGGACUAUAUAUAUAAUACUAUAUAAUAUAUAGUAUUAUAAUACUCAAGUUGGCACCACUGUUUAUACAAAUGAUUCAAUCGGAAACAGCACAUUUUUUUAACUUUCCAUAAAAUAUCAAAAAUAUUUAUUUUUAUGAAAAAUAAAGAAAAAAUCAAAAAUUUACUGGAAUAUCUAUUUUAAUUUUUAAAUUAAAUUAUCUAUCAUGAAAAUACUGUUGCAGUAUUUUGUACAAAUAAUCAAUUUGCACUACAUAAGAUGUAUACAGUCCGACUCAUUUAUAUUGCACAAAAAACAAGAGCUAAAGUUAUUCACAAAAUUUGCGCCCUUUAAUUUGGUACAAAUUUUUUUUUAAUAACUUCAGAUUUGACGUGUAUAUUUACAAUUUAAAUGAGUUUGUAUGUAUGGUACAUUUUUAUUAUCAUACCAUUUGUUUAAUCCGUACCUUAUAAAAAACACAUCACUAGUUUUAAGAAGGAAUAGUCUGGGUCAUUUUCAAUCAUAGCAAUGGCAAAAUAAAAAAAAAACAAUAUAGAAAUAGUCGUAGAAAUAAUAUAGUUUACACCUUCGACGAAAAAGUCACAAGAAUGAUAAUAAAUAGAAUCAAUCAUAAAAUACAAAAAAAAUUGUAAAUCAAAUUUAAUUUGACUUUAUAAUAUAAACAUAACGAAUUUCAAAUUUGAAAAAAGAUAUUUUUUCAGUGUAGUUUUUUUCUUUUCGAAGAAAUAAGAUAUUGUGCAAAAUUUCAUGAUUCUGUUUAUUAAAAUUUAUGAAAUGAAUGAUAAUGAAGAGACUAUUUUUUAAAAAACAUUUUAGGUGCAAUUGAAAGGAAGCAUCGUCUUCGAAAUUACAUUAAAAUGGUUCUUUUUGUACCAAUCAACAUUAUUUACUAUAUAAUUUUAUAUAUAAAUCUAUAUUUGUAUUGAUUUAAGGAUGAAUACCCAUCAAAUUUUUAACUAAAUCUUCAAAUUAUUGAAAAACGAAUUUGUCUAAAUUUCAUACCUGAUGAGAAAUUCUUACACAAAUGCAAAAAAGUUUGGCAACAGUGCAAGUUAUUUGUACUUCUCACUCGAUUAAAGUAACAUUGAAAAAAAUUAAUUAAUUAACAUUAGAAGAGAUGAUGUUAAGGAAUUUUCACGAUGUCGCCCCAACACCCGAUGUUAACAUACAGAGACGAAACGAUCAAAAGAAUGAAUAGAACCCGAAAAAACCGGGGCCGAAUCAAGGGUAUGAUCAAAAUUUGUUUCUAAAAUAUUUUUGAAUUAAAAGAAGAAAACAAUCCAAGGGGCAGAAUCAACGACCUUAGAAUUUAGUUUCAAUUUUUUAAGAUUCAAAGUAGUACCGAAUACCCCAAACAGGUAAUAAUGACUUUGAACCAACCCCUGUACAUAUUAAAUCUGUCAAAUCUAAUUUUUUUCGAUAAAUAAACGUGUGACAACGAUCCGCAGAAUCAACGAGCUUAGAAUAUAACUUCAAUUUUUUAAGAUUCAAACUAGUACUGAAUACCCCAAACAGACUAAAAUGAUUUUGAACCAACCCCUGUACAUAUUAAAUAUAUCAAUUCAAUUUUUUUUUUGAUAAAUAAACGUGUGAAAAUGAUCCCAGGAGCAGAAUCAACGAACUUAGAACAAAACUUCAUUUUUUAAUACAUAUAAAGUAGUCCUGUAUACCUUAAACAGAUAAUAAUGAUUUUGAACCAACCCCUGUACAUAUUGAUUCUGUUGAAUCUAAUUUUUUUCGAUAAAUAAAUAUCUGAUGAUUAUUUAGGGAAGAAUAAAUGAGAUUUAUCAAUUAUUUUCAUUAUAUAAAGUGCUAAAGUGAUCACAAAAAUUGAAUCUUAUCAAUCGAUAUUAUCUAAUUAAUAUCAUUUUUAUGGUAUUUUAGUAACCAAUUUUGACUAAAGCCUAGUAUCGAGCAUGGAUAUUACAUAUUCGAUUUAUUAUUAUGACCAAAUCCAUUGUUCAUUUAUAUUGAUUUAAGAUUUGUAUCAAUUCGAAAUGGAUUUAGUUUUUCUUCAAUAAUUCAUCAAAGUUUUUACACAAAUAUCUUAAGAAAAUAAAAAAUGUCAAUCAAUAUAAAUAAAAUUAAUUAAAUAGCAAUACCACGGUGCCAAAUAUCUUCUAAGAAUAUCUCAUCUGUUAUAUCCGAUCCAAACUAUCGCGAGGCGUCUCUCAGGUAAUCUUGACACGAAUUAAGGCGGCAGGAGUACCAGCCAUCCUCACUCUCGAUUUAAACAGUUGCCCGCUACGUCCACUACAAAACGGACGUGAUUCAAGAGAAUUAUAUACUUUAUAUCCCUACCGAUAUUAUAAUUUCUUAAUUUAUGUUACCUAACUAAAAAAAAAAGUCAAAAUAGGGAAAACGCCCAUAAAACCGACAGGGACACGAGAGGACACAACAGACCUGUCCUCACUUUCACACUCGCGUUUCCUCGUAAAGAGUUUGAGGGAUAAUUAAAGAUUCUUGUGUAUAAAAAUGUAUACAUACAAUUUUUUUCUAAAUUUUGAAUAACCUAGUCAAAUUAAACGUUUAAUUUAUAUUUUUUUUCUUUAAAAUCAAAAAUAAAUCCAUAAAUAAUUAUUUUUUCAAUCAAUGUUUUAGUAUAUACUCUUAAGUAUUGUGUGGAAUUGGUGAUCUUAUACUUUAUUAUUUAGUUUUAUGAUAUAAUAUUGAAAAAGGUAUAUUUUGGUAAUUUUUUAUGCUCAAAAUGAGAACUUAGUAGAAUUUAGAAUAGUCCGGGUUUGAAAAUAAUUGGAUCACAUGUAAAAUGAUUACAUUGAGAAGAAAUAUAUUUGUACAAAGUAUUAUUUGAUAUUUUAAAAUUACCAAAAUUAACAAUUCGUACCGAAUGAUAUUGUCCGGACCUAAAAGGCAGAAUCCCUUUAGUCAUUUAUUCAAUUGUGAUAGAAAUUUUUUUCUAAUAAUACUUUUUGAUUUUUCUCUGUGAUGGUGUAUGUGAUUUUAUGUUCAAUUUCGAUAAAUAUUCGAACCAAUUAUAAUAAAUUUAAAACGAAAAGUAAUGUUUUGAUUUAACUAAUAAUAGUUAUUUAAAUAAUUUUCGAUAAAAUUAUUGAAUCUACCUGUUAUAUUCAAAUAUUUUAUAUCACUUGAAUUUUAUUUUCAGAUAAAAUUGUUUUUGAAAUAUAUGUUCAAAUAUAACCUAUAUUUACAUAAUUUAUAUUUCAAGACAAAUUAUUUAUACCCAAAAUUGCCAUCUAGCUUAUUGAAUACUUCCUUAUUGUUAGACGAGCUAAUAUUUUAUAGGUUAUGUGAGCCCAACAAAAAGUUUACACAUACCUGGACU